UGAUAAUUUUUCUUUCUGUUGAUGGUAGACGCGAUAGGGAUUACUUUUCAUAAUUAUAGAACGACUUGAGUUUAACGCAACGUUUCCUGAAAUACGCUCCAAUCUGAUUUCUUCACAGCCUAUUGUUCCUUCGUGCGAUAAAGAGUGCCGACAUUGUUAUUAAAAAUAAGCGCUCUUCAGCUUUACUCCAAAACAAACAAUUCUCGAUGUAUAAAAUCAAUCAUCCAAUCUUCAACAAUAGAAACAUCAUCCAAUUUUGGUUUUUCCGCAGUGAAUAAGCCAUCAAGCAUCCCAGCGAACAAUGUACCAAAAAAUUCUCAUCAGAGCCCAUCAAACUCCAGUUUCGAAUUUCUCAAGUCUCAGCGAAAAAUAAUUUCAAAACACGCCCGUCUCGAAUCUCGGCGCCUUCGCGCAUGCAUUCCCAUACGUCUGCGGCGUCUAUAUGUAUAUACAUAUAAUUAUAUCUACAUAUAACGAGAACCAGCUGAGGAGUCUCUCUCGCGCGCACACUCGCGAAGAGUAGAGAGGGUCUAACCGUUUAUGACGUGGCGCCGAGGACGACCAGCCAACUAUAACAGAGACCGCGAGAGAGAGAGAGAGAGAGAGAGAGAGAGAGAGAGAGAGAGAGAGAGAGAGAGAGAAGUGUAUGGCAACGAGUGUGUAACACACAGCUACCGCUGCCUCUCUUUCAAAAUACAUGUGUAACGCGACGAUGGACGGCAGCGACAACGACGAAACGCUCGUCGGCUAUCAGUUCAGCCGGACGCAUUGCUGGCUGCUGCUGCGGGAAAAAUCGUCUAGCAGAAGAGCUUGUUUAUAGUGCGUGGGCGAAACUGGGUCGCGAGAAUUUUUUUCUUUUAUACAUAUUUUGCACGCAGACCUCGCGCGUGUUCCAGAAGAAAAAAAAAGUGCGAGAAGAACCUAAGGCGAUUUCGGUGUGUAUGCUGCAGUGCAUAUCAUCAGAGGAGAGAACCGUCCGACUGGCGUCUGCUGUGUAUAUACAUACAUUAGCCCGUAUAAACGAGGACGCGAAACGGAAGUGCACAACGUAUGUGAUGCAGCAGCCCUUGCAGGCCGUUUGAAAUUUAGCGCGGCAAGCGCUUCCGCUCUCCGCAGCAGUGAAUAAUGUACGAGCAAAACGAGAAUAGGACUUGUACGAGAGUGUGAAUCAUAAUUUUCGUGAUUUCCGCUGGACUUUUAUCGGCCAGAGAUAUACGCUAACGAGUAUAACAAGGCAUUUUCAUCGCCGAACGCUCGCAGUCGCGUAAAAACCACUCGCUGCUGCGCGCGCUGCGAGUUUCUUUUUCUUUCAUUCGCAGUUCGUUUAUAAUACACAAUCCUUUCGCCAUAGCCGUGGUGUCAAGGUCGACAAUGAUGAAGUCCUCAGGUAUUCAGAGGCCGACGAUGUUGCUGCUAGCCGCUCUGACGUGCGUCCUGACAUUCCUGCCAGCCGCUGAAGCGAUGAUAUGCUACAGGUGUACGGUCCUGCCGCGACAGUACGUCGGCGAAAAGGACCAGCCUUGCUCCAAGUUCGACGGCAGCGAGAGAUUCUAUCAGGACUGUCCAACCUCGACCUUCUGCAUGAAGCGUAUCAUUCAUUACCGACUGACGAACGGAACCACAGUGACGACGGCUGAGAGAGACUGCGCCUUCCAGAAGGACGUCGUCCAGGCGUACAAUUGGAAGGAGCGUCGAUGGCAUCCCGAAGAGAGGAUCGACAAGGAGGCCUACGGCGAAGGCUGCUUCAAGGGCGAGGACAGAGGUACUCCCAACGGUCCGUCCGAGUACUGCUUCUGCUCGAGGAACUACUGCAAUUCGGCGUCUUCCGCGAAGCUCUGCGGCAGUCUAGUCAUCCUUGCAUUUCUGCUCAUGAAGCUCUGCAGAUGAGACUCUGACUCACACUGACCGUAUCGGUUUGCAGAUCUCAGAUAGCAGGGUAUCCAUACCGGUGUCUUGAUGCACGCUUUGAGAUGAAACAAGCUCUCUCUUGACGAGAGCGUUGAGGGUGCGAGAUUGAGAAACGAUUGUGAUAUUAAAAUAUAAUAUCAGAUAUUUUUAUGUAAGAUAUAUUGGAGGCGCGAUGUUUGUUACUUAAUUAAUUUCCUGUCCUGCCAGAGCGGAUGAGAAAAGCGCUGAGAGCGAGCGGAUGUAUGUAUGUACAUGUGUGUAGGAUAAUAAACGAGACUUACCUCAGCAUUAUGUUCGACCAAAUAUAAAAAUACUACGUCUUCGCGCUGCAAACGGACUGCGGAAUGUAACGGGUAUUCGCUCUUCGUUUUCAACAACUGAUACAACAACGGUCCCGGCAUUUCUUUGAAGUCCUCUCCACUGAGGUCAUCCUAAGAUUAAGCAUGAUAUUAUUUUUAGUCCAUCAUAUGUAAUAUUUGACACAACUGAUCUGAUAGUUGUUAAGUGAAAUAAAGGAAAAAGAAAAAAUUGUACCCAGUGACAAGAAAUCAAAGAA